AUGAGACUUGCAUUUAUCAUUUCGUUCGUUAUCGCAUCCUUCGCGCUAGCUGAUGAAACAGGUGUAUCAGGUCCUUCUUCUGUAACUAGCAAUACCGACACUUCCACUGUUACUACAGCUCCUACCGAGACCGAAGACAACCCAUACACAAUCUAUCCGAGCGUUGCUAAGACCGCCUCCAUCAAUGGUUUUGCUGACAGAAUCUAUGACCAAUUACCUGACUGUGCUAAACCAUGUAUGUUCCAGAAUACAGGUGUCACUCCAUGUCCAUAUUGGGAUACCGGAUGCCUCUGUAUCAUGCCCACGUUCCAAGCAUUAGUAGGAAACUGUAUUGCAGAGAAUUGUCGUGGUCAGGAUGUGCUCAGUGCUAGGUCUCUAGCCACUUCCAUUUGUUCCAGUGCAGGUGUCUGGGCACCAUAUUGGAUGCCUCCUGCCAGUGUCACUUCCUUGUUGGAGUAUGCUGCUACAGCUGUUUUCACAAGUGAUGACAGUAGCAGCUCUGUUGCAGGUGAGUCCACCAGUAUCCAAACUGCGGAAGCCUCAUCUACACAGCAAGUAUCAUCCACAGCAGCUACAUCAUCCGCUGAAGAAACAACAUCCGCUGAAGAAACAACAUCCGCUGAAGAAACAACAUCCGCUGAAGAAACAACAUCCACGUCUUCAGACCCUUUGAUUACUACAGCUCCUACCGAGACCGAAGACAACCCAUACACAAUCUAUCCGAGCGUUGCUAAGACCGCCUCCAUCAAUGGUUUUGCUGACAGAAUCUAUGACCAAUUACCUGACUGUGCUAAACCAUGUAUGUUCCAGAAUACAGGUGUCACUCCAUGUCCAUAUUGGGAUACCGGAUGCCUCUGUAUCAUGCCCACGUUCCAAGCAUUAGUAGGAAACUGUAUUGCAGAGAAUUGUCGUGGUCAGGAUGUGCUCAGUGCUAGGUCUCUAGCCACUUCCAUUUGUUCCAGUGCAGGUGUCUGGGCACCAUAUUGGAUGCCUCCUGCCAGUGUCACUUCCUUGUUGGAGUAUGCUGCUACAGCUGUUUUCACAAGUGAUGACAGUAGCAGCUCUGUUGCAGGUGAGUCCACCAGUAUCCAAACUGCGGAAGCCUCAUCUACACAGCAAGUAUCAUCCACAGCAGCUACAUCAUCCGCUGAAGAAACAACAUCCGCUGAAGAAACAACAUCCGCUGAAGAAACAACAUCCGCUGAAGAAACAACAUCCGCUGAAGAAACAACAUCCGCUGAAGAAACAACAUCCGCUGAAGAAACAACAUCCACGUCUUCAGACCCUUUGAUUACUACAGCUCCUACCGAGACCGAAGACAACCCAUACACAAUCUAUCCGAGCGUUGCUAAGACCGCCUCCAUCAAUGGUUUUGCUGACAGAAUCUAUGACCAAUUACCUGACUGUGCUAAACCAUGUAUGUUCCAGAAUACAGGUGUCACUCCAUGUCCAUAUUGGGAUACCGGAUGCCUCUGUAUCAUGCCCACGUUCCAAGCAUUAGUAGGAAACUGUAUUGCAGAGAAUUGUCGUGGUCAGGAUGUGCUCAGUGCUAGGUCUCUAGCCACUUCCAUUUGUUCCAGUGCAGGUGUCUGGGCACCAUAUUGGAUGCCUCCUGCCAGUGUCACUUCCUUGUUGGAGUAUGCUGCUACAGCUGUUUUCACAAGCGAUGACAGUAGUGACUCUGCCGCAGCCAUUUCCACAACAGGUGACAGUACCAGCUCUCCAACAGGUACUACCGAUAAUGUUUCUCCAACAAGUUCUGAUUUUUUCUCCAGCACAGUUUCUCAAAACAGCAUGACUGCGUCAACUACUGAAUCAAACGUUACUCCAAUAUCUUCUGGUGUUUCAGUACCAACACAAGUUGUUGACCCUGCACUUAUUUUCAUUAUAUCACUUACUUUCAACAAUAAUCAAACUUUGUUCGAAUCGAAUGGUACGCAAAUCAAACUUUUCGAUGGGUUUGAAGCUAAGUUUAGUAUUGAGGACGGAUUGAUCAAUAUCAUUGGAGCAGGUUACAUCAAGAUAGAUUCUAAUGGAAAGUUGCUUAUUACUGCUAGAGAGCUGGCAACAGGUGGAUGGGGAAUGAAUGGAAACAGACUCACAUUGACACCAGGUAAUUCGAGAUUGUUCAAACGUCAAGAUGAGGUUAAUUUCUAUGCUUGUCCUGCGGAAGUUGGCUACGACGUUAGUGUUGAGGGAGGAGAAGGCUGUACUUUAAUUGAAGCAUUUGCAGCAAACGUGGACUCCACCAGUCCAGAGCAAAGUACAACCGCUAUUACCUCUGGUGAAACUAACGCAUCGGAAACCGGUAAACCUUCUGAGCAACCCGAAUCAACCGCUGGUGUUUCUUCAACAGAUAGUUCUGUCCAAAGCGCAUCUGAAUCGUAUCCACGUACAUCCAUAAUUACCACUCCUAUAGUAUCAACUAAUGAAGCCGGGGUCGUUUCAACUUACACAAGUACUAUUGUUGUCACUCAAGUAAGUGAAUAUUGCGAACAGCAAUCAGCCAAUUCCAUUCAAAAUGAGGCAUGUGUUUCUCAAACAAGUGCAGCUGCAGUGCAAUCCACCUUGACUGUGGAAGAGCAAAAGAUAAUUACUGUUAUUGUAUCUUGCGAAUCAGCAAUUCUGUCAUUAGAGUCAGUCAAGGCAAGUGCUCAGCAACUUACAAAGACUGAAGUGGUUCAAAGUUGUAAAAGUGCAAUCAGCUCGCUCAGUCUGGUUGACGCUGGUGCUCAUGCAACAUUGAAGGCACUUAUAUCAUCUCAAGAAUCGGUUGUUGCAGUGCAAACUUUGGCUGCUGCUGCUCAACAAUCUGCUGCUCAAGUCCAACUAAGUGCUGCUCAAGCUCAGCAUUCAUCCGAGGCAAUUGCACAAGCAGAGUCUGCUAUUGCGCAAGCUUCGCAAGCUAGUGUUGACGCCGCCCGUGCUGUUAGUAUUGAAUCACAAGCUGUAGAAUCUGCUGCUGCCUUGGGUGUUACCCUCGACUCGACAUCUACAAUUACUGAAUUCAAUACAAUUUACUCAACUGCUAAACAGGUGGCCAAAUCAGACUCUUUAGCAGAGUCAAAACAAACAGUUGCUGCUGAAGGUAGAACUCUUGAGUCUAGUGUUGUCUCAUCUACAACAAACGGUGCCACUGGUAGUGCUGUUGGCACAGGCGUAGAGGGAGAAACAAUACAAACAUUUGCACCUGAAAAUGCCGGUGCCAAAUCAUUUGGUGCUUCGGCACAAAUGAUAGCUUCCAUGAUUGCAAUUUGUUGUGCAAUCUUGAUUUAA